AUGUUCUCUCUCUUUUAUGUUAUUUUUUUUAUUACUAGUAUUGUUAAUAUAUUUGGAUAUGAAUUAGAAAAAUGCAAAGAUGAAAAAAUUGAUAAUAGCUUGUUAGUACAUGUAGAAUGUCAAAAAAUUUCUCUUUCUGAUCUCAUCAAUCAUCCUAAAUUAAAUUAUGAAAAAACUACAAUAAUGACUGUAACAGUAACAUUAUCUGACAUCAAAGAAUUACCUCAAGAUAUAUUUAAAUAUCAUUCAAAUAUUCUUUCAUUAGAUUUCAAAGAAAAUAAUAUUGAAAAAAUUAAUGCUAAUGCAUUUCGAGGAUUAGAAAAUUCAGUAUCAUAUAUUGAUCUUUCUUUUAAUAAUUUAGAUGUAUUUCCAUAUUGGUCAUUUAUAUAUUUACGAAGACUUCAAUAUUUAUAUUUACGAAAUAAUAACAUUGAAUUAAUAAGUUCUAAUUCAUUCGACAGUAAUGAACUAAUAAAUUUACAUUAUUUACAUAUUGAUAAUAAUAGAAUUCCAGAAAUUUCAUCUAAUGUAUUCGCCAAAUUACCAUUAAAGAUUCUUACAUUAACAAACAAUAAAAUUACAAGGAUUGGUAUUCAAGCAUUUCCAUCAACACUUGAACAUUUAUCAUUGAAAAAUAAUUUUUUAUAUGAAGUUCCAUUUGAUUCAAUGAGUGACAAAAAUAUACUAUUGACAACAUUAGAUUUAGAUGGUAAUAAUAUUGAAAAAAUUAAUAAACAUGAUUCAAUUUUUUUUAAAAAAGAAAUAUCACUUUAUUUAAGUGAUAAUCACUUGAAAACACUACAAAGCAAUGCUUUUGGCUCAUUUCAUAAAUUUUUAAAACUUGACCUUAGCUAUAAUCAAAUAUCAGAUGUUAACAAUAAUGCUUUCAAUGGUAUAACCUCAAUUAAAUAUUUAGAUUUGUCAAAUAAUAAAAUUAUAUCAUUACCUCGUGGUGUUUUUGAAAACCUUGAAAAAAGUAUAAAAUGGUUUUCAUUGGAAUAUAACAAUUUACAUAUCAUACCAAGUUCCAUAAAUAUCUUACGUGUCCUUGAAUACCUCAAUCUUAGUAACAAUAAAUUAAAUAAUUUAAGUGAUAUUUUAGAAGGAAACUAUAAAAAUGUUCUAAAUGAGUUGUUAUUGUCAUCUAAUAGAAUAAUUGAACUACCAAUAUUAUUAUUAGAAGGGAUGGUAAAUUUGAAACAUUUAGAUUUAUCAAAAAAUAAUAUUAACAGUAUAAAUGGAAAAACAUUUACCAAUUCUAAAAGUAAUUUAAUUACAUUAAAUUUGUCUGGAAAUUUAAUUAAUAAUAUAAGUGAUCAUAAGACGUUUAAUUAUUUAACAAAUCUUGAAGAAUUAGAUUUAUCAUAUAAUGUUAUAGAAAAUAUUCAUGAAAGAACAUUUGAUGGUUUAGUUAAAAUAAAACAAUUAUUUUUUCAAGAGAAUAUGUUAACAGAAUUUUCAUUUUCAGCUUUAAAAGAUCUUAAAAAUUUAAGAAUAUUAAUUUUAGAUAAUAACAAAUUAAAAAAUUUAAAUUAUUUAUCACGUUAUUGUAAUUCAUUAGAAAUAUUUAGUGGAAAUGGUAAUAAUAUAAUUGAUCUUCAACCUGACAACAUUGAACCACUUGAUUUUCAAAAUCUAAAAACAUUUAAUUUAGCAAGAAAUAAAUUAACAAGAAUUAUGGGACAAACAUUUCGUGAACUACCAAAUCUUCAAGUAAUUAAUUUAGCAAAUAACAAAAUAGAAGAAAUCAAUAGUUUUGCAUUUAAUUUUUUACUAAAUCUUACUGAAAUAAAUUUAAGUGGAAACAAACUUAAAACAAUAUCUGAAAAUGCAUUUCAUAAUCUACCAAAAUUAGAAAAACUUAAUUUUUCUGGAAAUAAGAUAUCAAAAAUAUUUGAAAAAAGAAUUUUUAGGAGUGUCAAUAAUUUAGUAUCAUUAAAUCUAUCUCACAAUAAUUUAAAAAAAUUUAAUGCUAAAAUGGUUUCAUUUGAACCAAUUGGAUUAAAAAUACUUGAUUUGUCAUUUAAUAAACUUCAAAAAAUUGAUAUUGGUUAUAUGAAACAAUCAUUAAUAAAAAUAUUUUUAAAUAAUAAUAAUCUUUUGACAACUGAUGGGAGAACAUUUCAAGAUUUCCGAAAAUUAAAGUUCAUAGAUUUAAGUUUUAAUGAAAUUUUAGAUAUACCAAUGGAUAGUUUUUUCGGUUCAAAAUCAUUAGAACAUGUGAUGUUAAGUCAUAAUUCAAUAUCUAAACUUAAAGUAUCAACAUUCAUAGAUCAACAAUUGAGUACCUUAGAUGUUAGUUGGAAUAUGAUAAGCAAUAUAGAUGAAGGUGUAUUUAAAAAUAAUGGUGUUGAGUUUAUUGAUCUAUCACAUAAUCUUUUAACGGAAGUACCAACAAAACAAUUAAAUAAUAUCAAAGGAAGUUUGAAAUAUUUAAAUCUUCAAUACAAUAAAAUUGAAUAUCUUUCUAAGAUGGAUUUUAGUGAUUUUCAUAAUAUCACUCAUUUAUAUUUAAGCAAUAAUAAUAUAAAAUCAAUUGAUGAGAAUACAUUUAUGAGUCUUACAAAAUUAGAAGUACUUGACAUUAGUAAUAAUCCAAUUACAUCAUGGUCACCAAAUGCUUUAUCCCAUCUAAGUGUCAACUUAAUUACUCUUAGUUUAUCAAAUACUGGUUUAUUUUCACUUCCAAAAAUUAGUUCAAAAGUAAAACCUAAAUUUCUUAAUAUAUCAAACAAUAAUUUUGUUGAUUUAUCAAGUUUGUCUGAAAAUUUAUUAUCAAAUCAAGUUACCUUAGAUAUAUCUUAUAAUAAUUUACAGUUUAUAACAAAUGAAAUAUUUGUUAAGAUGCCUAAAUUAAAAAACUUAUUUUUAGAUGGAAAUUCAAUUGUUACAUUUCCAUAUAAUGUAUUUGCAACGUUAUCAAAUUUGGAAACAUUAUCAUUAUCACAUAUGAAAUAUUUAACAAUGAUACCAUCACCAAAAGAGUUUCAAAAGUUAAAAAAUUUAGUUAAUCUAUUUUUAUAUGAUUUACCAAAUGUAGAAAAUUUUAAUGUCUCUUCUCUUUUAUCACAUUGUCCACCUCUUAAAACAUUAAAAAUUGAGAUAAAAGAUGAUACAUUAACUGAUCAACUUUUAAUAUUAGAUACUAGAAAAUUGAAACAUUUGACAAUUACUGGAAAAUCAUUACAAACAAUAUCAACUGUUGUUUUUUCAAAAUUACGUGGAUAUAGAAUAUAUUUAGGUAUUGAAGAUACAUCCAUUACAUCUUUUCCAUAUUUUAUAUUUAAAACAUUAUCCAGUACAAGAUAUUUACAUUUAAACUUAAAAAAUAAUAAAAUUCAAAAUUUUGUUCCAUUUACAAUAACAAAACCGCCUAUUUUAAAUCAAUAUGGUACAAUUUUACAAGAUCUAGAGCUCCAAGGAAAUCCAUUAAUAUGCAAUUGUGACAAAGAUUGGAUAUUUAAUUGGUUAUCCUAUUUUGAUACCAGUAACGUAAAUUAUUCACAAAGAUCUAUGUUUUCUAAAACAUUAUGCUAUAAUUUAAAAACAAAUAAAUUAACAAGUAUUCUUGAUAUUCAAUCAUGCCGUAAAUAUUAUGAAUAUAAUAAUACUUCUUCAAAAAUAUUACAUAAAUUUGACUGUACAUCUUUUUUACUUUUAUAUUUAUAUUUUAAUAUUAUCCAUCUAUUUUAA